UUGCUAUAUAAGAAGCUCAAUAGCUUUAAGCUUUCAACGAUAGAGUUGAGAAAGUAAAGAUUAAAAUACAGUGAUGGGUAAGAAAAGCACAAGAUGCCUCAUCACAGUUCUUGCGAUGGUCUUAACCGCAACGAUGAUGAUCCAAGAAGCUAAGAGCAUUCCCCUAUGUAAGGUCAACACAAAUGACUUGCAGAAAUGUCGUCCAGCUGUCACUGGAAACUACCCGCCACCACCGACUCCCGCCUGCUGCACAGUGGCCAAAACAGCGAAUCUUGAAUGUCUCUGUCCGUUCCUCUCCAGGUCCGGGAUUGACCCAUCAAAACUCAAACCUCUGUUUGCCAAGUGUGGCGUAAACAAUCCCUCAUGUUUGCCAUGAUUGAAGAACUGAGGUGGACUGGACUUAAGCUUGCCUGCGGCAUACUUUGCCACCACCUGAAAAUUAAGUCCCUAAGUUAUAAAUUUCUAUGGUGUUUCUAUUUAAAAAAAUCAACAAACUUUGCAGUUAUUUUUCAGUCACCUUUUCUAUCUACAAGAACCGUAUGCUAUACAUUAUUAAUAACAAUAGAGUACUGUUUUUGGCCU